AUUAGCAAGCACACGGAUGUCACAGCCCAGAUCCAACGGUUUUCCUUAUCUGUAGUCAAUCAGCUAUGAAACAUCCUUCUUAAACCCUACAGUACAUUAUCUCACUGCAAUUCUAAAACCCUCAAUUCUCUGCGAUGGCGGAAACCACUCAAUUAACUCGCCACAUUGAGUCCUAUGUCGACUCUUCUUCUACUCCCGCUCAGCAGGCUUCAAGUUUGAACGCAGUUGCAUCUCUCGUGAACACUGAUGCCUUACCUCUAGAAGCACUGGUUAGAGAGUUGGAGAUGUAUUUGACCACAACAGAUAACGUUGUUCGUGCAAGAGGAAUUCUUCUUCUAGCAGAGGUAAUGACUCGUAUUGAAUCAAAACCUCUUAACAGUGCAACUAUACAUAGCUUGGUUGGAUUCUUCAAGGACAGACUGGCAGAUUGGCGAGCAGUACAAGGUGCACUUGUCGGUUGCUUGGCACUGAUAAGGAGAAAAAGUGUUGUGGGUAUGGUAACGGAUAGUGAUGCCACAACCAUUGCUCAGUCUUUUUUACAAUACAUGCAAGUUCAAUCUUUAGGGCAGUAUGACAGGAAGCUGUGCUUUGAACUGCUUGAUUGCCUGCUAGAACGCUACUUUGAUGCAGUUACUACACUGGGGGAGGACCUUAUUUAUGGAAUUUGUGAAGCCAUAGAUGCAGAAAAGGAUCCAGAUUGUUUAAAGCUUGCUUUUCAUAUUGUUGCAUCUUUGGCACAAUUAAAUCCAGAUUCAUCUAGUCUACUUGCAAGCUAUGCAAAGGAUGUUUUUGAUAUUUUAGAACCUUACUUUCCCAUUCACUUUACACAUCCAAGUAGUGGAGAUACUCAUGUGCAAAGAGAUGACCUGUCAACCUCUCUGAUGUCUGCAUUCUCUUCUACACCUCUCUUUGAGCCGUUUGUCAUUCCUCUGCUUCUUGAGAAACUUUCUUCUUCACUGCAUUCUGCAAAGAUCGAUUCCUUAAAAUAUCUUAGAGUGUGCUCUUCCAAGUAUGGGGCAGAGAGAAUUGCAAAAUAUGCCGGGGCUAUUUGGUCUUCAUUAAAAGACACCCUAUCUACUUAUUUGGGGGAGCCAGAUUUUUCUUUUACUAUAGCACCUGUAGAUGGUAUUGGCUUCCCAGAGAAUGAAUUUGUGAUAGAAGCUCUGUCCCUCCUUCAGCAGCUUAUUGCGCAAAAUAGUAGUUUGUUGGUUAGCUUGAUAAUUGAUGACGAGGAUGUCAACACUAUUUUCAGCACCAUUACCUCUUAUGAGACUUAUGAUGCUAUUCCUGUGCAAGAAAAGAAGAAACUACAUGCUAUUGGUCGUAUUCUGUAUAUUACUUCCAAGACUACCAUUUCUUCUUGUAAUGCCAUGUUUGAAAGUCUUUUCACCAGAAUGAUGGAUAAUUUGGGAUUUUCUGUUAGGUUUCCAAAUGGUGAUAUUUCCCCCUCUCAGAGACUCAAGUUUGGAUUCCUUUAUCUCUGCAUUGAACUACUUGCAGGAUGCAGGGAGUUAAUUGUUGGGUCUGAGGAACCAGCUCUGCAAUAUGUUUUUGAGCAUGAGACUUGUUGCACUAUGCUUCAUAGUUUUUCAACCCCAUUAUUUAAUGCCUUUGGUUCAGUCUUGGCAGUAAGUGCUGACAGAGGCCCUCUUGAUCCAGAUACAUACAUUGGAGUGAAGGGUUUACAGAUACUUGCCAUGUUUCAUUCAGAUGUUUUUCCAAUACAAAAGUCAAUAUUUGAGAAUAUUUUGAAGAAAUUCAUGUCAAUUAUCAUAGAAGAUUUCAACAAAACAAUAUUGUGGGAAGCAGCAUUGAAAGCAUUACAUCAUGUCGGCUCAUUUUUUCAGAAGUUUUGUGAGUCUGAAAAAGCUAUGAGCUACAGGAAUUUAGUUGUAGAAAAAAUUGUGGAAAUUCUGUCACUUGACGAUAUUACUCUGUCUUUUUCACUUAAAGUGGAAGCAUUGUUGAAUAUAGGCAAGACGGGAAUGAAAAAUAUGCUAACAAUUCUUCAAGGGUUGGGAAGAGCAGUAUUUGCCAAUCUAUCUAAGGUUUAUGUCCAUAGAAAUUUAAGAUCUUCUGAAAUUGCUGUUCAGCUUUUGGAAUGCUAUUCUUGCCAGUUGCUCCCAUGGAUCCAUGAAAAUGGAGGUUCAGAGGACUUUGUGAUGCAAUUUGCUGUGGACAUUUGGAGUCAAGCUGGAAAUUGCAUGGAUUUGAGUACCCCAUUCGAGGGAAAGGGUCUUCUUGACGCAAUGAUGAAAGCGAUGAGACUUUCUGUAGGGAGUUGUUCUGUGGAGAGCCAAAACCUUAUAAUUCGCAAAGCUUACAGUGUACUGUCUUCACACACUAACUUUCAGCUUAAAGAAGUUGAAAGAUUACCACUAACUCCUGGAAAAUAUGACAUUUCCCUUAGAGAUGAAGGGAUAAUUUCAUUAUUUGCAUCAGUAGUUAUUGCAGUUUGCCCUAAAACAUACAUUCCAAAUAUAAGAGUACUUGUGCAUCUAUUUAUAAUAACCCUCCUCAGAGGUGUUGUUCCAGUUGCACAGGCCUUGGGUUCCAUACUUAACAAAUUAGUUUCAACAUCAAGCACUGCAGAGAACUCUAGUGAUCUUACCUUGGAAGAAGCUCUGGAUGCUAUAUUCAAUACAAAAAUAUCGUUUUCUAGUACUGAUAUGUUGCAGAGAUGUAAUGGAACAAGUAAUGGGAAUGAAAUGGUUUUUACUGAUAUAUGCCUGGGCAUUGCAAAUGAUAGAAGGCUUCAAAUCAAUGCCAUUUGUGGACUCUCGUGGAUGGGAAAAGGUUUACUUCUACGUGGUCAUGAAAAGAUUAAAGACAUCACUAUGAUUUUUAUGGAGUGCUUAAUAUCAGGCACAAAAAGUGCCUCGCCUUUGAUCAAAGAUUCACUUGAAAAUACUGAAGAGCAGAUUCAGGACCUGUUAGUGAUUAAAUGUGCUACUGAUGCUUUUCAUGUUCUUAUGAGUGAUUCAGAAGUUUGUUUGAACAGAAAAUUUCAUGCCACAAUACGACCUCUAUAUAAGCAGCGGUUUUUCUCUUCUGUGAUGCCUAUCUUGCAGCAGAUUAUUACAAAAUCUCACUCCUCAUUGUCCAGAUCCUUUUUGUAUCGAGCUUUUGCACAUAUCAUGUCUGAUACUCCAAUGGUUGCUAUAGUGAGUGAAGCUAAAAAGCUUAUACCAGUUCUACUGGAUUGCUUGUCCAUGUUGACAGAAAUCCAAGAUAAAGAUAUGUUAUAUGGUCUGCUGCUAGUCUUAUCUGGGAUAUUGAUGGAGAAAAAUGGACAAGAAGCUGUCGUUGAGAAUGCACACAUUAUCAUCAAUUGUCUGAUUAAGCUUGUGGGUUACCCUCAUAAGAUGCUUGUUCGAGAGACAGCUAUUCAAUGUCUUGUUGCCUUGUCUGAGUUGCCCCACGCCCGUAUCUAUCCUAUGAGGACACAGGUUCUACGAGCAAUAUCAAAGUGUCUUGACGAUUCAAAGAGAGCUGUUCGCCAUGAAGCUGUCAAAUGUCGGCAAACAUGGGCAUCAAUGUAAUCUAGGAGUCUCCAUUUCUGAAGUUCAAAACCAACUUCCCAAGGUACUGGGAAAGCUUUUGACCUUUGUUUUCUAAUUAACAGUGAUUCUUUCACCGAAAGGAAAAUCUGAAUUUUUGAAAUGUAAAAUAACUUGUAAAUAUUAAAGUCUAUCAAUCUUAUUGUCUACUCUUAUAGCUGCAUUAAUGAGAAUUUGAUUUUGAAUUCGCCCACU